CUCCCGAAAGGAUGGCUGAGAAGAACAAAAGAUGAUACUUGGAAAGCAGAUGACCUCAGAAAGCAUCUUUUGGCUGCACGAUCAGGUAUUCCUAAGGAAGAUAAGAAACACAGAGAAAAGAAGCUGCAUAAGGAAUCAGAAAUGGACCUCCCUGAAAACAAAGAGCCCAAGCCCAGGGACCCAGACCAAGACACCAAGUAUAGAGAGAGGCCUGGCGAGAGAGACGGCCACCCCGCCAGGGACAACCCUCAUGGGGACAGAGACAGAGAAAAGCAAAGGGAAAGGAAAAAGGACUCCAGAGACCGGGACAAGGAAAGGCAUAAAGAGAAAUCCAGAGAACAGGACACAGAGAAGUCUCACAGUAAAGGAAAAGACAGGGGGGACAAGGACAGAGACCGCAGAGCCAGAAGGGAGGAGCCCAGACAGACGGCUGCCCACCAUAACCUGCUGGGCUGGCAGCCCCUGGACAGAGCGGAGCGCAGGAUGGGAGCAGUAAGCAAAGUGAGGACGGAAGAGAAGGAGAGGAGAGAUGAAGACCCUGAAAGGGGGGAUGAAGAGAGAGAAAGACGAUACAGAGAAAGAAAGCUGCAGUACGGCGACAGUAAAGACAAUCCUCUUAAGUACUGGCUGUAUAAAGAAGAAGGUGAAAAGAGACACAGGAAGCAAAAAGAGCCAGAUCGAGAGAGGAAACAUGGAGAAAAAAGCAGCACAAGGGAAAGAAGAGAAAAGUAUCCAAAAGAAAAGAGUAAUUCCUUCUCUGACAAGGAAGGGGAAGAAAGACACAAGGAAAAGCGACAUAAGGAAGGCUUUCAUUUUGAUGAAGAGAGGCGCCAAAGUGACAUGGAUAAAAAAGAGAGGUUGUCGAGAGAAGAUCUUAAGAAAAGGGAGUCCAAGAGCAGUGAGCACCGGCGUCGGGGCGCAAGUUCACGACGAGAUCCUGCCAGCAGCCGGGAAGGACCGUAUGCAGAGAAUUUAGUAAGAAAUAAUGAAAAAGAUAAAGACUCGAGAGGGAAGCACAGCCGGGAAGAGGGUGCCUCGGUGUGGAAGCUGGCCCCGAAGCGUGGGAGAGAAGAAACGGCGGAAGUGGAAAAGGAAGACUUUGAUUCAGAAAGUGCUGGAGCAGAUGAAUAUACAGCUUGUUUUGAGGAUGAUUUUGAAGACUAUGAAGAUGACUUUGAGGUUUGUGAUGGAGAUGAUGACAGCUCCGAUGAGCUGGGAGCAAGAGAGAUGAUCGAAGAGCUUCCUCUGGCCAGAAAAAAGGAGAUACAAGAAGUUCAGAAAGCCAUUAAUGCAGAAAAUGAAAGGGUCAGCGAAUUGUCCUGCAGACUGGCUCAGAAGCAGGGUCCGCUGGAGGGUGAGAGGGACUCGAAGACAGGUGCAAACAGUUCCCCUGCCAGAACCCCUGUUUGUGGAAUUUUUGUUGAUUUUGCCACAGCCUCACGCCGUGAGAAGAGUCGGACUCAGGCCCUUAAGCAAAAGAUGCGCAGUACUAGGCUGCUUCGGCUCCUUGACUUGGAUUUUUCGUUCACUUUCUCUCUCUUGGAUCUGCCUCCAGUGAAUGAGUAUGACAUGUAUAUCAGAAACUUCGGGAAAAAAAAUACCAAGCAGGCCUACGUCCAGUACAACGAGGAUGCUGUGGACAGAGACGUCCAGACUGAGGAGAUAGAGACCCGAGGGGUGUGGACCCAGCACCCUGCCGAGGGCGCCACCGUGUCAGGCGGGAGCGGGAGCGGAGAGCUCUGUGAUGUGGCCACCGCACCGAAGGUCGACACACCCCGGCUGUCCAGCUUCCUCCGGGCGGCCUGCCAGGUGAUUGCGGUUCUGCUUGAAGAGGACCGUGUGGGACCCAAGCCCGGCUGGAGCCCUGGGACGCAGGACGGCACCCUGCCCGUCAGUGACCGGUCCUCACAGCUGAACGCCAGCCUGCCGUUCCUUCAGAAUCGGACAGUGUUGUGCUUAUGUGCCUCUCGGGGGCAGAGACAGAUGGUGGUAUCUGUGCACGGGCUUCCUGGAGCCCCGUUCGCCCCUGCUCUGGACGGCAGAUACGUACUGUGCGUGUGGGAUAUCUGGCAGCCUUCGGGGCCCCAGAAGGUGCUGAUAUGCGAGUCGAAGGUCACAUGUUGCUGCUUUAGCCCUUUUAAAGCCUUUUUACUGUUUGCUGGGACAGUGCACGGGUCGGUGGUCGUGUGGGACCUACGAGAAGACUCCGGAAUACAUCGUUAUGUGAAGCUGGGCGAUUGCUUCUGGACGUUCAGGACAGCAACAUUUUCUACUGACGGCAUCCUGACUUCCGUAAACCACUGCAGUCCUGUUCAAGCGGUGGAACCUGUCUCCACGCCUGUCUACAGAAAACAGAGUUUUGUGCUUUCCCCCUUUUCUACUCAAGAAGAGAUGUCAGGUUUGUCAUUCCACAUCGCUUCCCUGGAUGAAAGUGGGGUUCUCAAUGUGUGGGUGGUGGUUGAAUUACUGAAGGCAGACAUUGCAGGCUCAGUAAGUGACUUAGGUUUGAUCCCUGGAGGGAGGGUAAAGCUGGUGCACAGUGCUGUGGUUCGGCUGAGCGACGGCCUUUCCCAUACGCACUUUGAAUUCUGGGGGGCCAUGCAAACCCUGAAUGUGAAGUUUCUGCCUUCAGACCCUAGUCACUUCAUUGUUGGCACAGACGUGGGUCUUAUAAGUCAUGGCACCAGACAAGAUUUGAAAGUAUCUCCCAAAUUGUACAAACCCCAGCAACCUGGUAUGAGACCAGUCAAAGUGAAUGUGAUUGAUUUUUCACCAUUUGGAGAACCAGUAUUCUUGGCCGGCUGCUCAGACGGAAGCAUCAGGUUGCACCAGCUGACCUCCGAGCGCCCUCUCCUUCAGUGGGACGGCAGCACCAACGGCCACGCGGUCAUAGGCCUCCACUGGUCCUUGACCAGACCUGCCGUGUUUCUGGCCCAGGAUGACACGUCCUGUAUUUAUGUCUGGGAUCUGCUGGAAAGCGAUCUGGGUCCUGUAGCCAAACAGCUCAUCUCCCCAGACAGGCUGGUGGCCAUGACAGUCGUGGGUGAAGCCGAGAAGGCCAACGGCAGCUUCCUGGCCCUGGUGCUGGCCAGAGCCUCUGGCCGCGUGGACGUCCAGUACCUGAAGAGGACGUGGGCAGCCCCCAUGGCAGACGAGCUGAGGAAGCUGCGGCUGCUCCUGCAGGAAGCCCUGUAGGGGGGCUGCAGGAGGGCGCGGUGUGGGUCGUGGGGGCAGAGGCGAGGGCUAGA